AUGACGUCGCCGCCGCCGCCGCCGCCGCCGAUACCAAUCACCAUCGUCACCGGCUUCCUCGGCUCCGGCAAGACAACGCUCAUCCUCAACCUGGUGCCGCAGCUGCGCGCCAAGAACCCGGCCUACCAGCUCGCGCUGCUCAAGAACGAGUUUGGCGACGUGGCCGUCGACUCGCAGCUGGCCGAGAGCGCCGCCGUCUCGGGCGUCCAGGAGCUGCUCAACGGAUGCAUCUGCUGCAACCUCGUCGGCCAGCUGGGCCCGGCGCUGCGCGAGCUGGCUGAGACGGUGGCGCCGGAUCGUAUCGUUGUCGAGACGAGUGGCUCUGCCUUUCCGGCCACGCUGGCCCUCGAGGUUAAUCGUCUGGCGCGGGAGACGGGACGCUUCAUCCUCGAUGGCGUCGUCAGCGUGGUCGAUGUCGAGAAUUGGCAGGGCUACGAGGAUACGAGCUACACGGCCAAGAUCCAGGCGAGGUACACCGAUCUCGUCGUCUUCAACAAGUGGGAGCUGGCCGGGGAAGAUCGCUACGACGAGUGCCUCGACCGCGUCGGCGAUCUCGACGUCGACGUGGCAAAGGUCAAGAGCAAUCGCGGCUGGGUCCCCAUGGACCUCGUCUUCGGCGUCGACGGCGGCUUGGCCAAGGACCUGACCGACGACCACGUCGCCAACGGCGAGCAGGCACACGACCACGCCCACCAGCAAGAGGUCGAGGUUCUCUCCGUUGAGCUCAAGGGCGCAAACGACGUCGCCGUCUCAGCAGACAGGCUCCUCGCCCUCCUCAAAGCCGCGCCCAAGGACGAGGUCUACCGCAUAAAAGCCAUCAUGACCCUCUCCACCCCGCCCCAGAGCUCCGACCCCGACGGGCCCCAGCCCGCACCCCAGGCCGGCCGCCGCUACAUCCUCAACUGGGCCUUCGGCCGCUGGACUUUCACGUCGCUCCCUGUCGCGCAGCAGGAGCAUGCCUCGAGCGAAGACGUCGCCCUGCGCAUGACCAUGAUCCUGGCCCGGUGCGAAGCCAACAAGUGGAAAAAGAGGAUAGAGGCUGGCGGGUUGAUAGAGCUCGAAGCUGUGGGGGCAGGAAUGGGGCAGCUAAACGUGAAGAGGGUACUAUAG